GCCCGACGCCACUCUUGCCCUCUCGACCCGCUCGAGCGUCGAACCUAACCCUCGAUCCCGCCUGCGCACGCUCGGUUCUCUUCAGUACACGCAUCCAUUUGCCUGCGACCCAAAGUUAUAUGCGUACGUCCCCUCGUCCCCUCAAGCCCCAGAGCCCGCGCACAAAGCAUAGCAGACAUCAUGCCACACGCGCUCUAGUGUGUUGACGAGGAGGGUGAGUAACAGCGCUCUGAUCCUUUCUGCCGACCCUGCGACGCCCUCGAUCUCUGACGCCAAGCCCGUUCGCUCACUUGAUUCCCUCAAUAGCCAAUUCUGCCUUUGUGCCCAUGCGUGAACGCGCGACCCCUCGACGCCAUGCACCCGCCUUUGCAUGCUAUCCCCGUUCGUCCGCGCGCUUCCCCUUGUCCCGUCAAGCCCAAGUUAGACUCAUCUAGCCCACACCUGCCCGCCACCGAAUGCCCUCGAUCCCUUUCAUCCCUUGAGCUCACGCACCCGCCUUCGCCUGCGACCCAGAUCCGACCCAGAUCCGCUUCCGCAUGACUCAUCCAGCUCGCGCACGCGUGCAC